GUGUGUGUGUGUGUUUACUGUGGUGCAAGUUUAUGAGGUUAAUGUCUAAUCUAAAGCACACUGAUCGAGCACAUCACAAAGAGGCAGCAUGAGAAAGAGGCGCAGACGAAACAGCGAUGGGCGGGGCUUAGCGCUCUUCUGCCUCUCGAUUGGCCACUCGUUACAUCAUUCAACCGUGGUGUUGACUGAUUGGUGCAACAAUUCUAGUCAAUAUUCCGCUUAGUCACUUCGGCGGAGUCUGUGAACUUUCAGCAGUCUCGGGGUUCGUCGGCUUUUCUCCUCUCAGAGAGAAACACAGCGAUCGGCUCUUCUGCGGGUCACAGUCUGCUCUCACUCACGACACGACACACUGGAAUAUCCAGCACAGAUUCCAGAUGGAAGAAGCAGAUAAAGUUUCCUCCAGCGCACCUGAUGGAGCUCCGCACGAUACUGCCGUGAAUGAAGCCGCUGCGCCGGCAGACGAGACGCUGCGGAACGCGGAGAAUUUACUGGAGAAGAACAAGACUACCGCACAGACGACUGAGGUAACUAGUGCUCCACAGAUGACUGAGAUACCUAAUGCUCCACGGAUAACUGAAAAAACUAGUACUCCACAGACCAUUGAGAUAACUAGUGCUCCACAGAUGACUGAAGAAACUAGUACUACACAGACCACUGAGAUAACUAGUGCUCCACAAAUAACUGAAAAAAUGAGUACUACACAGACGACUGAGAUAACUAGUGCUGCACAGACCAUUGAGAUAACUAGUACUCCACAGAUGACUGAAGAAACUAGUACUACACAGACCACUGAGAUAAAUAGUGCUCCACAAAUAACUGAAAAAAUGAGUACUACACAGACGACUGAGGUAACUAGUGCUCCACAGAUGACUGUGAUAACUAGUGCUCCACAGACCAUUGAGAUAACUAGUGCUCCACAGAUGACUGAGAUACCUAAUGCUCCACAAAUAACUGGAAAAAUGAGUACUACACAGAUAACUGGAAAAAUGAGUACUACACAGAUGACUGAAGAAACUAGUACUACACAGACCACUGAGAUAACUAGUGCUCCACAAAUAACUGAAAAAAUGAGUACUACACAGACGACUGAGAUAACUAGUGCUCCACAGAUGACUGUGAUAACUAGUGCUCCACAGACCACUGAGAUAACUAGUGCUCCACAGAUGACUGUGAUAACUAGUGCUCCACAGACCACUGAGAUAACUAGUGCUCCACAGAUGACUGUGAUAACUAGUACUACACAGAUAACUGAAGAAACUAGUACUCCACAGACCACUGAGAUAACUAGUACUCCACAGACGACUGAGAUAACUAGUGCUCCACAGACCACUGAGAUAACUAGUGCUCCACAGACCACUGAGAUAACUAGUGCUCCACAGACCACUGAGAUAACUAGUGCUCCACAGACCACUGAGAUAACUAGUAUUCAACAGACAACUGAAGAAACUAGUGCUUCACAGAUCGCUGAGGUAACUAGUACUUUACAGAUGACUGAGAUAAUUAGUACUACACAGAUACCUGAAGAAACUAGCACUCCUCAGAUGACUGAAGAAACGAUGACUCCUCAAAAACCUGAAGAAGCCAGUGCUCCCCAGAUAACUGAAGAAAGAGUCACUACACAGAUCGCUGAAAUAAGCAGCACGUCGCAGAUAACUGAGGAAACUAGUUCUCCAGAAGCAGCUGAAGAAAGCGUUACUGCUCCUGCUAGUGAAGAGCCCGAGACUCCAGCUGAAGCAAAGCCUGUGACUCCAGCAGCAGAAGAAGCACCAUCAUCUUCAGUGGCAGCUGAAGCAUCUUCAUCAUCUUCAUCAUCAUCAUCUUCAGUGAGGGAGGAGAGCGUGACUGCGGUGAUGGAGAGCGCCAGUGCUCCUCAAGCUCCUCAGGAGGAGGAGGAGGCUCCUCACACAGAGCCGGAGAGCAGCACACAGAUCGCGUCUGAGGACCGAGAGCAGGAGAAAGAGCCGCACACUCUUCAUCCAUCACCAUCCCAUGAACCUGAACCUCCUGCUGCUCCUGCCGUCGCUCCUGCCCUCCUUCAGUUUCCAUCAGACCGCUGCGAUUCUCCAUCCGUAGUCUCACAGGUCAGCGCUAGUCUCGCUAUGGAUUCGUCGGGAGGUAAGGACUCGGCAGCGUUCGACCCGGAUGUGCUGAGCCAGUCGGACGACGACUUCAUGUUCGAAACCAAAAAGAGUCCAUUCCAGGCGUUUUCCCCCGUGAGCGACGGCCUCGAGGAAGCCACCGCUGCCAGGAGAUCUGUGGAGGUGUCUGAGAGUCCGUCUCCAGACCUGGUGCAGGACGCGUACGAUGAAGGCCACGUGCAGUCAGAGGAGCUCAGGCCGGAGACCGAUGCGGACGCGCCGCUUUCCCUUUCGUACGCUCCUUCCGACCUUUUCUCAAACGUCAACGCCGCGUCCGACGACCGACCGACGUGUCUCCCAGAUAUUCUCAAAUCUUCUCCGCUGAACCCCGACAAAGUGGACUCGGGCUCGUCAGAAGGAAGCCCCGAUUUCAGCCCGGUUCACAGAAGUGCGGACGAUUCCCCAAAUUCCCCGUUCCCCGCUAUCAAUCCGUUUGGAUUCGACUCCAAGAUCUUACUGCUGAAGGAGAUGGCCGAUGAGACGGAGGCCAGAGCUGUGGAGAAGGCCAAGCUGGAAGUGGAGAACAUCGACGAGCAAAGUUUCACCGCUUUCGAUCUUGUGAAAGAGACGGACGUGCCUCUGAAGAGUGACGGCCUCCCGAAGGACAAAGAUGGAGCCGAGGAGCUCAGCCAGACUUCAGUUCAGACGGCCGACAGAUUCGAGUGUCUCGGCUUCCCCGGAGGAAACGUUCGAGAGCCGUCUGAUUCCGAGAGUCCGUCUGCGGACUCCUUCUCCCCGGUGCUGGACGCGGUCCCGCAGGAAACGUCGAGCUUCGGCGCGGAGCAGGAGCGAGGAGCCGUCGGGGAGGAGCUGGACGCCGCCGAGGAGGUGUCGGAGCAUGAGGUCUCGUCUGAAGAGUUCGAGUUUGUGGAGCGGCCACCGCGAGGAGCCGCCGAAGAGUUCCUGGAAAUGCAGGACAGCCUGGCAUUCGUCAAAGCGUCAGAAAUGCCGCAGGACGAAGACAGAUCUCCUAAACCGGAGCCUCAGGAGGCGGCAGAUCAAACGGCUGCAACCGAAGACGCAGAAAAUCAAAGCUCUUACCAUCUCCUCACCCAGGCGUCAGACAAACCUUCCAAAGCAGGCCUGGAGUCUGAUUUCCAGGAAAUUUCCCCAGCUCCUGUAAUCCAUCCUCCAGUGGAUGAAACGGGAGCUGAGAAGACGGAAGCUGAAGUGGUCACGUGUGAUCUGAGCGCAGCAGCAGUGCUGGAGCUGCUGUACUGGCGGGAUGUGAAGUCCAGCGGGCUGGUGUUCGGCUCCAGCCUCUUCCUCCUGCUCUCCCUCCUCACCUGCAGCAUCGUCAGCGUCCUGUCCUACUCCGCGCUGGCCCUGCUGUCCGUCACCAUCUCCUUCAGGAUUUACAGGGGAGUCCUGCAGGCCAUCCAGAAAUCUGAUGAGGGACAUCCAUUCAAACGGUAUCUGGAUCAGGAAGUCACUUUGUCUAAAGAUGCGGUGCAGAGACACAGUGAUGUUGUUCUGAGCUGCGUCAACUGCACGAUGAAGGAGCUGCGGCACCUGUUUCUGGUGGAGGACCUGGUCGACUCGCUGAAGUUCGCGGUGUUUCUGUGGGUCCUCACGUAUGUCGGCGCCUGGUUUAACGGACUCACGCUGCUCAUUCUCGGUCUGAUUGGAGCUUUCAGCGGCCCAGUAGUCUAUGAGAAACACCAGACACAGAUCGAUCAGUUCAUUUCCACGCUGAAGAACCGGAUGAAGGAAGUGAUGGGCCAGAUUCAGGCCAAGGUUCCUGGAGCUAAGAAGAAGUCUGAGUGAGUCUGGAGCGGCUCUGAUCUCCACACGUCAUCUUCAUCUCUCUCUCUUUCUCUCUUUCUCUGUCCGUCUGUUUUCUUCACUCUUCGGUUCGUUCACAUGACCGCAUCUUCAUGAAGUUGCUCUGAUACUGAUUGUGAAACACUGGUUGCAGAAUAAAUGAAAUGUGUUGUUUAAUGUCUGAGAAACGUCGUUUUGGUCCUUCAGAGAAUGAAAUGCACUACAAACCUUUCUUUUUUAAAGAGGGAAGUUGAAGAGUGUCAGUAUUGGCGUUUUGUGGUGUUUUAGUUUCUAUGACUGUGAUUUUACUCGAUUGACUGGAGUUUCUCUCUCAUACUCUGUCAUCUUAGCAACUUUUCUAGACGAGAGUAGAUAUCGAGACAUUUGAGCUCCCCUGCAGGAUCAUCUCUGGAUGAACACGUUUACAUGAAGCUUCCUCCGCAGAAGUUAUUGUAUUUAAAUCUAUUUAUCUCUGGACCGACUCCUAAAAAGCGAGCAGCGUUUGCCAUGCCAAUAACUGUGAAUGAAACGCGUCCCGUCGUCUGAACUCUGUGAAUGCAUUUUGACAUGUUAAUGAGAACCAAUAAAGCUUCUAGAUCA